GUUCUUAUAAUAUCAAUGGCAUUGCCUCUAUUUCCGGCAGUCGCUCUUUUGCCAGAGACAGGCGCUGUGCGGGCGUUGGUAUAUAUAUGAAGUUGAUGAUGUUUUAUGGGGAGUUGUUAUGAACGAGGCUGACAAAUUGUAGCAUCUGGGACAGAACUGUACCCCACGGACGAGGCUGCGGAAAAACGUAAACACGACACACAUAGGAAAGAUCGAGCGCACGGACGGAAUCUGCACAAUCCCGUCAUCGGCGAUAUUUCGUGCAAUCAUGAGUCAAUAUGUGAGAAAGUUGCAUGCAAUUGGAUUUACCCGCAGGAGUCAGAAGAUCGUGAUUGAGUGAAUAUAAACACCUCUUAAUCCUCUAAUUCCCCCGCAUUCGUGGCCUCAUUUUUUUACACCUUUGCUAAACCAAAGAUUCCCUCAUCCUUGGCCGCAGAACUUUUAGGAAAUCCCCCCACUAUCUCCAAAAUCCACCCCGCAUUCUUAUAUUUAUAUAUCAACAACACCUCCUCUCUUCUCUUCCCAAAACACACACCCCCCCCCAACACCAACUCACCAAACAACCAACCACCCACCAUGCCCGCCCGCUCCGAAAUCUCCUACUUCGGCGCCGGCCCCGCCGGCCUGCCCACCUCCGUCCUCGAAACCGCCGCCGCCUCCCUCGUGAACCACAACGACACCGGGCUCGGUCUGGCCGAGCACUCUCACCGCUCCGCGCUGGCCUCCGGCAUCCUCGAGGACACCAAGGCCCAUCUAUCAUCCUACCUCGACAUCCCCUCCGACUACGACAUCCUCUUCAUGCAAGGCGGCGGCAGCGGCGAGUUCUCCGCCACGCUCUACAACUUCAUCGGUUUCUGGGUCGAAGCGCGCCGCCUCUCCAUCGCAUCCGCGCUCGGCACAGACGACGAGGCAGCCGUGACAGCCGCGCUCAAGAAAGCCGUCGACGAGGAGCUCAAAGUCGAUUACCUCGUCACAGGCUCCUGGUCUCUCAAAGCCUCUCAGGAAGCCGCGCGCCUCCUGGGCUCUGAACACGUCAACAUCGCUGCCGACUCCCGCGUCGCUAAUAACGGCAAGUUCGGCGGCAUCCCCGAGGAGUCCACUUGGGCCCUCUCGAAGGCUCCAGCAUUCACGUAUUUCUGCGAUAACGAGACGGUGGAUGGUGUUGAGUUCCCCGCCUUCCCCGCCGCUAUCGACGAUGGCCGCAUCGUCGUGGCAGAUAUGUCAUCCAACAUCCUCUCCCGCCGCAUCCCCGUCUCCAAAUACGCCGCAAUCUUCUUCGGCGCGCAGAAGAACCUCGGUACGGCUGGUAUCACCGUUGUCGUGAUCCGGAAGAGCCUUUUGCCGCCAUCCCUCGCGACGCCGUCCGCGAAGUUGAUGCGUCAGCUGGGUCUGCCGAUGCCGCCGAUUAUUCUGGAUUAUGCGACGAUUGCGAAGAAUAAGUCGCUGUACAACACUCUUUCGGUGUUUGAUGUGUAUAUCGCGGAUUUGGUCCUGCAGUCGCUGCUGGCUACGUACCCGAAUAAGGUUGAUGGACAGCAGGCCGUCGCGGAGCAGAAGGCUAAGGCUAUCUACUCCGCUCUCGAGGCACACCCACAAGUCUACGAGAUCGUCCCCCACACCUCAGCCCGCUCCCGCAUGAACAUCUGCUUCCGCAUCCUCGCCCCCAAAGCCGAAGCUGAUUUCCUCGCCGGCGCCACCGCGCUCGGUCUUCAGGGUCUCAAGGGCCACCGCAGCGUCGGGGGUAUCAGGGCUAGCAACUAUAACAGCGUGUCUGUCGCUUCGGCGGAGAAGUUGGCUGCGUAUUUGGGGGCUUUUGCUACGGGUGCGUAGAUGUGUGUGUGUUGUGUUAAGUAGGGUUGGAAUUGGGAUUGGCGUUUUUUUUGUAGUUUUUUUGGGAGAGCGGUUUCAACAUGGGUGGGUGGAUGGAUCCUUCACGACCAUCUGGGGGGGAUCGGGGGGAAAGUUUGAUGAUUAGGGUCUACGCUGAGAGUUGCAGCACCAAUUUCAAGAAGAGGUAGAGUGGUGGAAGAUGGGAGCUCUGGUCAGGUAGACGGAGGGACAGAUUAAAGUACACAAAACAAAAGCAAAGUCUUCGAAGUUCAAA